CGAACCAUCAUGGCGGACGCGGCACGGCGCUGGAGGGAGCGGAGCGUCAGCGCGAGUUUGUUUACCGCGGUCGCGCUCUGAAGUCGAUGGCCGAUUUGCGCGGGCAGUGCGGGCGAACGGCGCCGUGAAAAAUGAAAGAGAAGCAGAAGAAGAAGAAAGGCAGGACAUGGGCGGAGGCAGCGCGCUUGGUCCUGGAGAAGUACCCUCGCCCUAUGAGCCACAAGGAGAUCCUGCAGGUGAUCCAGAAGGAGGGGCUGAAGGAGAUCAGUGGUACAUCGCCCCUGGCCUGCCUCAACGCCAUGCUGCACACCAACUCACGUGGGGUCGGGGGCAUCUUCUUCAAGGUGCCCGGCCGCAUGGGCGUCUACACGCUGAAGAAGGACGCGGCUGCUGGGCUGGCCAUGGAGGGAGACGAGGUGGGAGAUGAGGAAGAUGGGGAUAACGAGGAGGAUAAUGAGGGCGUAGAGGAAGAGGAGGAAGAGGAGGUUGGGGAAGAAGAGGAGGAGGAGGGAGAGGAGGAGGAGGAGGAAGAAGAGGAGGAGGCGGCGACGGCGGCGGUGGCGGCGGCGGCGGCGGGGGAAGAGGCGGCGGUUGCUGCAGAGGAGGAGGAGGAUGAAGAGGUGAAGAAGGAGGAGAGUGCCAAGGAGGAGCCAAGCAGCUCAUGUGAGUCGGAGGAGCCUGACAAGGCCAAGGAGAAGAAGAGUAAAGUGUCCGGGAAGCCGCCCUCUGAACCCGCGUCCCCAACUCCGUCCACCUGUCCUUCCCCGACGCUGACUGCUGGCAAGGUCAUGUCUCCCUCGCAGCAGCACAGCAAGCGGGCCGUCAAGCAGGCCCUGAAGCAGCAACAGCAGCAGAGGAAGCGUCGCUCGGGUCUCCCAGUGUCGCCCGGGAAACCCAUCCCACGGAUCAUCCUCAAGCCGCUCAAGGGACCCGGGCAGCAGAGCCAGGCUCCCGCCGCGUACGAGGUGAAGCAGACGGACGGGACGCUGGGGGCAGCGCGUGCCGACGGGGAGAGCACGGCCGCCGAGGAUGAGGAGGAAGAAGAGGAAGAGGAGGAGGAGGAAGAGGUGCCAGGACCCGAGAAUAAAGAGCCGCCCACCCCAGCCGUGGCUCGCCUCACGCGCAAACCACGUCAGAGAACGCGGCGGCUCAGCUCCGGGCAGCUGCGGCGGGCGCGCGAGGGCGACAUCGACGUGGAGACACCCGACUCGAUCCUCGUCAACACCAACCUGCGCGCACUCGUCAACAAGCACACGUUCUGCGCGCUGCCCAUGCACGCCCAGCACCGUCUGCUGGCGCUGCUGCCCGAGGUCGACCGCCAGGUGUGUGCGGACGGGCUGGCGCGGCUCAGCGGGACGGCGCUCAACAAUGAGUUCUUCACGCUCGCCGCGCAGGAGUGGAAGGAGAGGCUCGCAGAGGGGGAGUUUACGCCGGAGAUGCAGCUUCGGAUCCGGCAGGAGCAGGAGAAGGAGAAGCGCAUGGAGCAGUGGAAGGAGCGAUUCUUCGAGCAACACUAUGGCCAGAGGUCAAACCUGACGCUGGACGACCUGGACCAGCUGACCAAGCGCGAGGAGGACGAGGAGGAGGACGAGGAGGAGGAAGAGGAGGACUCGGGCGAUAGCAGCGAUGCCGCCUCGGCGGAGCGUAAGCAGGGGCUGGCGCCAUCCUCUCCACCCCAGGCCCCCGCGGGGAGAGGCACCAGCCCCCGCCCGCCCCGCGAACCCUCACCACUGCCCGUCACGGAAGAGCUGCCCGGCACGGAGGAGAAGGAGGAGGAAGUUAAGGGAGCGGCAGCGGUGGUGGCGCCAGUGGUAGUGGUGGAGCCGGAGGAGCCGGAAGAGCCGGAGGAGGCUGUGGAGUUGGUGCAGGAGCCAGUGCCGGAUAAUCCUGUGCCGAUGGAGGCGUCGAACCCUGAUGCGGAGGACGCGGAGCCAUCGGCAGAGGCUAUGGAGUCAUCGGCGGAGCCAGGGGACGAGGCCAUGGAGUUGGAGCCGAGCGUCUCUGAUGAUGCCCUGAGGACUGCAGAUACCAGCCUCGCGUCCCGCAAUGACGAGCCCUCCCCCACUGCUGCACCCGCUGCACCCGCUGCCUCCGCUGUCCCUGCUGCACCCGCUGCCUCCGCUGCACCCGCUGCACCCGCUGCCCCUGCUGCAUCCGCUGCACCCGCUACACCCGCUGCCCCUGCUGCCCCCAAUACCCCUCCCGCCGUCGCUCCUAAGGCGAAGGCGUCCCCUUCUCCUACCGAGCCUGCGCCCAGCUUCUCUACGUGCCGGACCAGGGAGCGAACCCGGACGCUGCUGCUCUGCCGGCAGCAGGAGGAGGGUGCGCAUGGCGGCGGCGGGGGGGGCGGCGGCGGCGGCCCCGACUUGGCCGCCCCCCUCCAGUACACGGUGGUGGUGUCUACCGCCAGGUCGCCCCCCGCCCACGCGCGGGCGGCGCCACUGGGCCGGGAGGAGCGGCGCGGGUCGGUGUGCGAGGGCGGCAGGCGGAGGGGCAGCGAGGGCGGCGUGGGGCACAGCCCCGAGAGGAAGCGCGCCCGCGUGGAGGAGCGGGAGGGCCCCACCGAGACGCUCAGGGUGCCGCCCAUCAAGAUCCAGCUGAAGCCUCCGCUGGUGAUGGUGGUGCAGAGGACCACGCCCACGGUCACGCCGCCUCCGCAGACCGUGGGUCCCAGCGCCGCCAGCGGGGCGCCGUCCCCCUCGCCGUCACCGGCGGGGCACGGGGCACGCCCUGCGGGGCCCGCGCGCACCCUGGCCGACAUCAAGGCCAAGGCGCAGCAGCUGAGGGCACGCAGGGAGGCGGCUUCGGCGGCCGGAGGGGGAGGAGGAGGCGGGGGAGGAGGAGAUUCCACGGGGUCCGGCAAGGCCCGAACGUCCGCGCAGGCCAAGGCCCACACGCGUGCCAAGCUGAGGGCGCGGGCGCUGCCGGCGCACGCCACGGCGGUGCGGCCCAAGCUGCUGCUGGGAGACUGCGCCCGCAGCGCCGCACACGAGGGUGGCGCCGACACUCGGGUGGACGACGAUCGGACGGCGGAGCGUCGCCCUCGGCCCGGCGAGGCGCUCCCCGUCGCCGGCCCCGCUUCAACGGAGGAUGGCGCCGGCCCCGCGGCACACGCGGCCAGAACUCCAUCGGGAGCCGCGGCGCCGGUCGAGGCGGAGGCGACGACGCCGGCCGUGCAGGUGGCGCCGCGAGAGGAAGGGAGCGGAGUGCUGGGUAGCGCCGGCACGACCGUGUCGGAGCCGCGCGCCGCGUGUUCCGCACCGUCGCCGCUCGCCACGGCGCAGUCGUCCGAAAGUGCCGCCGCCGUCGCAAGCCCCAAGGCCGCCGAGUCGGCGCUGGACCUGUCUCUAGCGAGAGUGGAAAAAGAGCCAUCGCCGCAGCGGGGGGCGCCCGUCCCUGCCGAUAAACCUGUGCCUUCCUCGCCGACCCCUCCGCACCGAUCGGAACUGUCGGACGAGCGGGGCGACCGCCCCACGGCAACGGCGCCGCCGGCGCCACCCCCCACCACCCCCGACCGCGAGCCGUCGCCGCUCGGGUCGCCGUCGCGGCACCGGCGGACCGACGGCGUCGCCGACGACAGCCGGACCCCGAUCGCCACGUCCGAGACGCCCGAGGAGGCCGGCAGCGCCGGCGUGGCCGACGCGGCGCCGAGCUCCCCGGGCGAGGAUCCCACCGGGCUGGCGGUCGGCUCGAGGGCGUCGGCCGAGCAGAGCCCGGCGUCCUCGCGCUGCGCCACCUCCUCCAUCCAGGCGAGCAACCCGCUGGUGACGCAGCUGCUGCAGGGCAGUCUGCCUCUCGAGGUGGUGCUGCCACAGCCCACGGCCGGCGGACAACUGCACAUCACGCCCUUCCAGCCGCCGGCGUCCGGCGCCGACCUCGUGGCCGACAGGAGGCAGCGCCAGUCGCCCAAAGCGCUGACCUCCAGCUCGGCGAGCACCGACUCUCCCCCCGCCGAAGCCGCCAGCGGCCGACAGCCUCGCGGUGACGUCCCCGGCGUCGGUGACGUCCCCGGCGCUGGUGCCACCGCGCCCAACUUCACGCGAAUCCGCUCGCCCCCCGGCACCCCGGAUGGCGCGGCACCGCCGCCGCUCCGCCCUCGCUCGGUCGAGGUGCCAGGGGAGGAGGUGCAGGGCCGGGCCGGGGUGCUGCUGGCGCUGUCUCCUGGCGAGCAGGGCGCCGGCAGCGCCGUGAGCCCCGGCAGCCGGGUGGCGAGCUGGUUGCAGAGCCAGAACGGGUGCGGCGGUGGCGGUGGCCCCGGAACAACCAGGGGACCGGCGGGGGUGGGCCUGGGCCAGCAACUGAUACGGCUGGGGUUGCCAGCGGCGACGGGCCCGCGUGGGGAUGGCACCUGUGCCAGGCCCAACUCGAGGCCGAAGGCCCUCAUGAUGGGACUCAAGCGGUCGCCUCCGUCGGUGAAGCCCGCCGUGUCGGUGCACUACCUGCUCAACACGUCCACCUACGGCAAGAGCCCCGAGCGCAAGAAGGCGCCGGCGCCGCAGGAGAACGGGGAAGCCGGGUCCGGCGAGCAGGACGCAUCUCACCACCCUCCCCAUCACCAACCGCAUCACCCACCUCAUCACCCGCCCCACCACUUGCCCCAUCAUCAUCACCUGUCCCAUCACCAGCUGCAACAGACUCAGAAUCAUCACCAGAAUCGGCAGCACAUUCAGCCCUUCCAGAACCACCAGCAUGGGCAGCAUGGGCAGCAGCAGCAGCACAACCAGCAUGCGGUCGCACAGCCUGCCAUUAAGGUGGAGAGGAGCCCUUCCUCCUCCACUUCCUCCUCCGGCGAGCAGUCCGCGCCGGACCCUCGCCCCGAGUUGGCCAAGCGUCUUCCGAUCAAGACGGAGCUGAGCGCUCGCGAGAUCAACCAAGCGUUGGUGGCCAUGCACCAGCGCUACCAGACGGAAACCGUGGUGAAGGUGGAGGGUGGCGGUGGUGGCGGCGGCAGCGUUGGCGACGGAGGUAAGGACGGCUGCCUGCCAGUUUCGAUGGCGUCGGCGCAGCUCGUGAGCAUCGUGACGAGCGUGCGGGAUGGCCAGGGUGCCAUGGAGCCGGGCCGGGCGGUGCGACUCACGUACCAGAGCCAGCAACAGCAGUUCAACGCCCAUCAGCAACAGCACCAACAGCAGCAGCAUCACCAUCACCAGCAGCAGCAGCAGCGCGGGACGCAGGCCAGCAAGCACCCACAGCACUUUCCGUCGGAUGGUUUGCCUCCGCACCACCAUCACAACCACCCCCACCACCAUCACCACCUUCACCACCAGGGAGUGAACUGCGGACAGCCAGGGGGUGCCGGCGGCGCCGUGCCCGGUUUCCCCGGCGUGGUGCUCAACCACAGCUGCGGCGGCGGCGGCAACCUCCUGUCCUUCAGCGCGUCGGUGACGGCCAUCUCUGCGCCGCCCCAUAACCCCGCGGGGUCCGCCGGGGGCCCGCUGACCCUCAAUUCGGUGCCGCUGGGUAACCAGGUGUUUGGCGGGGAGGGGGGGCCAGGCGGGGGCUCCGAGCCGUGCCCGUGCCGGCUGAAGGCGCUGAUCGUCUGCCAGGGCUGCGGCGCGUUCUGCCACGACGAUUGCAUCGGGCCGUCGAAGCUGUGCGUUGCCUGCCUCAUGGUCAGAUGACACGCGCUGCGCUCGCCUCCCGCGAGCCCCCCCGGCCCCCCCGGCACGUUUCUUUUCUAAGCCCCCCCCUCCCCCCCCUACCCCUCCCCCCGUCGUCGUUUUGUUCGUCCCGUCACUCUUGCCUCAUGGACCCGAGCGGAGAAGAAGAUAACUUAUUUUUUACGUUUUCACUGCACAUGGUUUUUAACAUUGUAUUUUUUAAGACACUAUAAUAAUAUCCAGCCUCGUAAGGUUAUAUAAAAAAAUGUAUAAUAAAUAAUUACGGACUGGUAAAGCAGUGAGGAGAUCAAAAAGAUUAAACUAUUUAAGCUUUAAGACAAAGCCUAACCUUUCCAUGUCGUGCGAGCUGCGGAAAUAAAGAGCUUAGUGUGAGA